GCGAGAGCAAGUGCCAUAAAACACCAAAACCCAACUUUUCCCCUUUUUGUUUCCUAUCUCCAUCUUAUCGAGUUCGCGACUAUUCAACCGAUACUGAGAGCUACACAGCGAGAGUGAGCAGGAGACGAAGCUGAAGCUGCUACUGCUGCUUUGCUUUGCCUUGCCUUGCGAGCAGAAAUUGCUAGUAGGAAAUGGCGGAGAAGCUGGAAGAGCAGCUCAAGGAGCUGGGAUCCAAGUUGGAAUCUCCUCCAUCCGCCAAGGACAUCCUUCUCAAGCUUUUAAAGCAAGUUGCUACAUGUCUCUCUGAGAUUAACCAGUCUCCACCAUCAUCAAUAUUGGAAUCAAUGCAACCUCUGCUUAAUGCGAUUGUCAAGCCAGAAUUGCUGAAUCAUCAAGAUCGGGAAGCCAAACUCCUAGUUGCAACCUGUAUUUGUGAGAUAACUCGGAUAACUGCGCCUGAAGCGCCUUAUAGUGAUGAUAUUCUAAAGGAUAUUUUUAACUUGAUUGUUGGAACUUUCAAUGGAUUGAGCGAUACUAGUGGUCCAUCAUUUGGAAGGAGAGUUGUAAUUUUGGAGACUCUUGCGAAAUAUAGAUCCUGUGUUGUGAUGUUGGAUCUUGAAUGUGAUGAUUUGGUUAAUGAAAUGUUGAAUACAUUUUUUUCUGUUGUCAGGGAUGAUCAUCCAGAAAGUGUUUUAUCAUCCAUGCAGACAAUCAUGACCGUUGUGUUAGAAGAGAGUGAAGAUGUUCGAGAUGAUCUUUUACUUGUUAUAUUGUCUGCAUUAGGUCGUAAUAGAAGUGUUGUUACACAAGCAGCCAGGAGACUUGCUAUGAAUAUUAUAGAGCAGUGCUCAGAAAAACUUGAAACCGGCAUAAAACAGUUUCUUAUUUCAGUGAUGUCUGGAGAUAAUCAGCCAGUAAAAAUUGAAAUCGACUAUCAUGAAGUUAUCUAUGACAUUUAUCAUUGUGCUCCUCAGAUAUUGUCAGGAGUUGUCCCAUACCUCACGGGAGAGCUGUUGACCGAUCAAAUAGACACUCGUUUGAAAGCUGUGAGAUUGGUUGGAUCUCUCUUUGCUCUGCCUGGCUCGAGCAUAUCUGAAGCAUUUCAGCCAAUAUUUUCAGAAUUUUUGAAGAGGCUGAGUGAUAGAGUUGUUGAUGUUCGAAUGUCUGUCCUCCAACAUGUUAAGAGCUGUCUAUUGUCGGAUCCCUCAAGAUCUGAGGCUCCUCAAAUUAUCUCUGCCCUCUGUGAUCGGCUUUUAGACUAUGAUGAAAAUGUUCGAAAGCAAGUUGUGGAUGUAAUUUGUGAUGUUUCUUGUCAUUCUCUUGUUUCUGUUCCCGUUGGGACUGUAAAACUAGUUGCAGAGCGUCUUCGGGACAAAUCUCUGCUUGUUAAAAAAUAUACAAUGGAAAGGCUGGCUGAGAUCUUCAAAGUUUAUUGUGCUGGAUACUCUGAUGGAUCGAUCAAUCAUAAUGAAUUUGAUUGGAUACCCGGGAAGAUUUUUAGGUGUUUCUAUGACAAAGAUUUUAGGUCAGAUACAAUUGAAUCUGUUUUAUGUGGAUCCCUCUUUCCUACUGAAUUCUCAAUCAGAGAUAAAGUUAGAACUUGGAUAAGAAUUUUCUCUGGGUUUGACAAAAUUGAGGUCAAGUCACUUGAGAGGAUGCUAGAACAGAAGCUAAGGUUACAGCUAGAGAUGCAGAGGUAUCUCUCUCUAAGGCAGAGACAUCAGGAUAGUGAUUCUCCUGAAAUACAAAAGAAAAUUUUAUUUAGCUUCCAAACCAUGUCCCGCUCUUUUUCUGAUCCUGUGAAGGCUGAAGAGAAUUUUCAGACUCUUGAUCGGGUUAAAGACGCUAACAUUUGGAAGAUUUUAUUGAAUCUAAUGGAUCCCAAUACCAGCUCCCAUCAAGCUUCUAGUGGUCGGGAUGAAUUGCUUAAAAUACUUUCUGAGAGGCACCAGCUCUAUGAUUUUCUAAGUAUGCUCUCCCUGAAGUGUUCUUAUCUACUUUUUAACAAGGAGCAUGUGAGAGAAAUCCUCAUGGAGGUUACUGUACAGAAGUCUGCCAGAAACACACUAUACAUUCAAUCUUGCAUGAAUAUACUUGUGAUUCUUGCACGAUUUAGUCCAUUGCUUCUGGGUGGAACUGAAGAAGAGCUGAUUAAUUUUCUGAAAGAUGACAAUGAAAUUGUAAAGGAAGGGAUUUUGCAUGUUUUGGCUAAGGCUGGUAGUACCAUCCGAGAACAACUCGCGGUGUCAUCAAGUUCAAUUGAUCUUAUAUUGGAGAGGCUUUGUUUAGAAGGUAAUAGGAGACAAGCCAAGUAUGCAGUGCAUGCACUAGCAGCAAUAACAAAGGAUGACGGGCUCAAAUCUCUCUCCGUUUUAUAUAAGAGCCUUGUGGACAUGCUGGAGGAAAAGACACAUUUACCAGCGGUACUUCAGUCUUUGGGAUGUAUAGCCCAGACUGCAAUGCCUGUUUUUGAAACUAGAGAGAGUGAAGUUGAAGAAUUUAUUAAAACUAAAAUUUUGGGAUGCAGUAAUGAUGCAGAUUGCAGUGCAAAAGAAUGUUGGCAUGACAAAAGCGAACUUUGCAUGUUGAAGGUGUUCGGGAUAAAGACAUUGGUUAAGAGCUACUUGCCUGUCAAAGAUGCUCAUCUUCGUCCUGCUAUUGAUAACCUUCUGGGGCUCCUUAGAAACAUACUUUCUUUUGGUGAAAUAUCUGAAGAUAUAAAAUCAAGCUUAGUUGAUAAGGCCCAUUUAAGGCUUACUGCAGCCAAGGCAGUUCUUCGUCUGUCCCGGAACUGGGAUCAUAAGAUUCCUGUUGAUAUCUUCUAUUUAACCUUGAGGGCAGCGGAGAUCUCUUUCCCUCAGGCUAGGAAACAAUUCCUCAGCAAAGUUCAUCAAUAUAUUAAGGACAGACUCUUGGAUGCAAAAUAUGCUUGUGCUUUCUUACUUGGGGUGCCUGGAUACAAAGAGCUUAAGCUUGAUGAGCAGGAAAAACAGAAUUUAGCUGAUAUCUUUCAAAUGUAUCAGCAAGCAAGAGUUCGGCAGGUUGCUAUACAAUCUGAUACAAGUUCCUCGAUAUUAUAUCCUGAAUACAUACUGCCUUAUUUGGUCCAUGUUCUUGCUCAUCAUUCAUGCCCCAACCCAGAUGAAUGCAAGGAUGUCAAAGCAUUUGAAUUAACAUACUGGAAAUUGUACUUGACCAUUUCUUUGUUGGUGAACAAAGAUGAAGAUGCCAAGUCAGAAGCUGGUGCUAACAAGGAGAAGGAGAGUAUUUCUUUGAUAUUCUCCAUCUUUAAGAGUAUCAAGCACUCUGAAGACGUUUUUGAUGCAAUAAAAUCGAAGAAUUCACAUGCUAUUUGUGACCUUGGCCUUUCGAUCAUGAGGCGUUUAGCUUAUAAGGAGGAUGAUAUGCAAGGGCUUAUACAGUCAGUCUCUCUGCCUCCACUCCUGUACAAACCAUAUGAAAGAAAAGAAGGUGAAGAUUCCCAGGAUGGAGAAAGGCAAACAUGGUUAUCUGAUGAGAGUGUCCUGUCUCACUUUGAAUCCCUAAACUUGGAAUGUGAUGAAACGAAAGAGAUUUCCAAGGAAGAGGCACUCAAAGAUAGUGAAACUGAAGGAAAUGAAGUGCCUCUCAGAAAAAUAAUCAAGCAAUUAAAAUCUAAAGAAGCCAAGGCUCGGAAGGCUAAAAAGAACAAGUCUCCCUCGGUAGAAGCAAAAGAUGCAGAAAAUGAUGUUUAUAUUUUGAAAAUGGUGAGAGAAAUAAAUUUGGAUAGUCUGCAGAUGUCCAGUAAGUUUGAAUCAACCAAUGGUCAUAAACAUUUUUCUACCAAGAAAGAAAAAGUUGAGCAGGAGCAUCAGAAAGGUAAUAAGAGAAAAGACAAUGUUGCAGCUUCUGUCCCAGUGCCUAAACGCAAGAGGUCGUCAUCUACACAUAGUGCUUUCAAGAUUUCUAGAAGUUCUUCUAAGUUCCCUUCAAGGGAUUCAGGAGGUGACUGGCAUGAAGCGAAAGGUUCCUCGUUUCUGUCUAUGGAAAUGGACAUUGAUAAAUUACAUAAUUCAAAAGAGAAAAUGCCUGCACGCAAAAGAUGGAAUGAGAAUAAUGAAUCGGACUACUUGGCGCCAAGCAUUCGGAAGAAAAGAAGCUCCUCAUCAAAGGGCAAAGGCAAAGGCAAAGGCAAAGGCUCUGACUGGGGUCAUAGUGAUGAGGACGAGGAAGAUGAAGCUGAUGAUGAAAUUCUGGAGAAGUCAGAGAUCAGCAAGUCUGCUGCUGGAUCUAGCAAGAAGCAGAAGAGGAGCAUUGCAGGAUUAGCGAAGUGCUCAACCAAGGAAGAAGGAAUUGAUAUUGCAGAUUUGAUUGGCGACAGAAUAAAAGUGUGGUGGCCUAUGGAUAAGCAGUUUUAUGAAGGAACAGUCAAGUCUUAUGACCCUAUAAAGAAGAAGCAUGUGAUAUUAUAUGACGAUGGAGAUGUGGAAGUACUUCGUCUGGAAAGAGAGCGAUGGGAGCUCAUUGGCACAGGCCGCAAGUCUGGAAAGAAGGCAAAUUCAUCGAAAGUCACCAAGAGCCCUCUGAAGGAAGCGUCUCCUGGGCAGAAAAGUAAGAGCUCAGGUGGUUCACGUCAGAAAAAGAGUCCAGUAAAGACACCGAAGAGGAAAAGGACACCAAAGAAGAACUUGAAGCAUACUCAAAAGAGCAUGUUGAACGACGAUGAAGAGAACACUGGUGUGUCAGAAUCCAAGUCCAAUGCUGCAAAUGAAAAUCGAGCACACACCGGUGUGGUAGAUGCAAACCGAUUGGAUAGAGAAGAAUCUGGGAAGGAAGUGGCUUCAGUUUCCAAAGGGAGAAGUUCAGAAGAUACAGAUGGAAGCCCUAAUAAUGCCGAGGAGUUGGAUAAAGUUAAAUCUGAUGCUGAUGGGAAUCAUUCUGGACCAGAAAAUCCUCAAAAGUUGGAUGAGCAAGAGAAAUCACCUGAUGAAUUAAGUGAAGACUAUAGAGAACCCGUAACUAAAGCAACUGUAUCCGAAUCCAAAAACACUCAAGCAAGUGAUCAUGUUGAGAGUAAAUCUCCAAUCUUGAAAAAAUCAUCGGAAGGACCUUCCCCGACUUCAGAUGUUGCGGAUGCUGGGAUAUCUGACGAUGAGCCCCUUAGCAAGUGGAACCUCAGUAGCAGUCUUCCUCAGUAGAAGUGGUAAACAAAGACGGUGCUGUGUCUGUUCAAGUACUGAGCAAGAACCUAACAAGAUUGCAGAAGAUGAUAUCCAUCUGACCUUAUGUAAACACAGUAAUAAAUGUCCGAGUAGUCGCCCUAGACCUAGACUAGAACAUUGUAGAGGACGUGCUGUAAAAUUAACUGUAGGCAUAUUCCCUGUGUUGGGGUGAAACU